AUAACACGCUGCUAUUCGUGCCAUGUGAAUCCUGGUGGCUGCUCUCACUGUUUUGUAUUUCUCGAUAGGACUAUUCACACAUUGCAUCACUGCUGCAUAAUUUCACAAGAAUAUGGUUAAAAGAAAGAAUUCUGCAAAUGGUGAUAAUGUUGCAAAGUCAAAUAAGAAAGUUAAAAAACUGUCUGAAGCUAAUAACAAUGUUAACCAAUAUGGCAAGAUAGACUGUAAAAAUUCUGAGGCUGUUAUUAAAUCCAUACUUGGUGAUAACGUCAAGGAAUUCUUUUCUAAUUAUUGGGAAAAAAAACCUUACUUCAUCAAAAGAGAAAACACAGAAUUUUAUGGUGACCUAUUUAAUCUCUCCGAAGUAAAAGAUAUUUUGAAAAACCAUGAACUAAAUUUUGAAACAGACGUUAAUGUGACUAGAUAUCUGAAUGAAGAAAAAGAAGUACUGAAUGAAGACGGUCGUGUGACUGGAAAAAAGUUUGAUGCGCUGAUGAAGAAUAAACAGGCAACAUUCCAAAUACACCAACCGCAACGAUUUUCUGACAAUUUAUGGAAUGCUAUGGAAAAGCUGGAGACCUAUUUUGGCAGCCUAGUUGGUGCAAACAUUUAUGUCACGCCUCCAUCUUCGCAAGGUUUGGCACCUCACUGUGAUGAUGUGGAGAUAUUUGUUCUGCAAUUAGAAGGCAAGAAAACAUGGAAAUUGUACAAACCAAUGGUUGAAUUGUCCAGAGAUUACACACAAGAUCUAGAUGAAGCUAGUAUUGGUGAACCUUUUUUCACAGAAACAUUGAAGCCUGGUGAUUUGCUGUAUUUUCCUCGUGGCACCAUUUACCAAGCAAAAUCAACAGAUGACGGACCUUCUUUACAUAUUUCUAUUUCUACUUACCAGCAAAACACCUGGGGCGACUUUAUGAAUCAUGCAAUUACCCAAGCAAUUGACGAAGCUUUAGAAGACGAUGUUUCAAUUCGAAGUGGACUGCCUUUAAAUUACUCUUCCUUUCUUGGUACAGCCAAAAAUCUUGGAAAAUACGUUACUGACGAUUCCAGUGAUAGUAAGAAGAAGCUAUCAUCUAACGAAAACGUGAAUGUAGUAAAAGAGUUUCGGGAAAAUGUGAAGCAGCAUUUAUUGAAACUCAUGGACCACAUUGAUGUGAAUAUGGCUGCUGACUCGAUGUGCGCUGAUUUCAUGGCUAGUCGUUUACCACCGCAUGGGCAUGUUGUUAAAGAAGAUGACGAGGCUGAUCGUCAGGUCCCCACGUUGGAGAGCAAGAUUAAAAUAAGGUAUCCAGAUCACGUUCGGGUUGUGUACAGCAGCGACGAUGUGGAGGACGAAGAGUUGUCGCAAAUUAUAGAAGACGAUGAUAGCGAUAUGGAAGAAGAUGAAGAAGAAAAGGAAGAAGAGCAGGAAGAGAAACCAGCAACUAAAUCGCCUAAAAAGUCACCCAAAAAGAAAUCCAACGGUGAAGAGAAAGCCGAAAGCAAAGCCAUUGGUGACAAAAAGAGCGAGAACAAAUCAUCUAAAAAGGAGAGCAAAAAAACGCCCGUCAAAUCUGAGACAGAAGCUGACGAUGAAGAUGAUGACGAGGAUGUAGAUCCAGAAGAAGACGAACCUUGCAUUCAAAUCGUCCACUCACUCAACAAUGACCGUGAGAUGCACAUGAUUGGGGAUAAUAUGGCUGACUUUACUGGCAAAAUAAAGUUUCCUGUGCAUUUCGGAAGAGCUGCGAUUGCUUUGUUGGAAUCUAAAGAUUUUAUGUUUGUGAAAGAUUUGGAUUUAGACGAGGACGAUGAUAAACUGACGUUAGCGACAUCACUGUUCGCCGACGAUUUGAUUGAGAUCGUGUGAACAAUGCCUUGCGAUGAACACUUACGUAUAAAGGGAUUCUGUUUUGUUAUACUAAAGAAAUUUAGGCAAAAAGUAUAUUUUUGUUUGGGCUAAAAAAAAUUUAUAUUUGAGUAAAAGCUGUAAGAUUUAUAAAGUAUUUUUUUGAAAAAAGAAAAAAAAUAGCUAUUUUGGAA